CAAUUCACAACUCGACGUUUGUCAAAUUGGCAGGAUUAUUCAUUUUAUUGUUUACCAUUUAAAAUAUUAUAUUCGUAGCUUACAAAUUUACAUUUUUAUAAUAUUUUAAAAAUUUUAAUGAGGACUUACAUAUGACCAGUGUCAUGCUUUAAAUAUGGCCUUACCUCAAAAAAAAUAUUAUCGACAACGUGCGCAUUCUAACCCUAUUGCUGAUCAUUGUUUUGAAUAUCCAGCCAGUCCUGAUGAUUAUGAUUGGUCAAACCUAUAUCCAAUUAUAAAAACAAACGAACUUUACAAAAAUAAUUUGGUUGAGUUCUUAGAUGUUGGAUGUGGAUAUGGAGGACUUCUGGUUACACUUUCUUCAAUGUUCAAAGAAAAUCUUAUCCUGGGUCUAGAAAUAAGAGUGAAAGUUUCAGACUAUGUGAAUGAUAGGAUUCAAGCUUUGAGAAAGCAAAAUGAGAAUGAGUACCAAAAUAUUGCUGUAUUACGUACCAAUGCAAUGAAAUAUUUGCCAAAUUUUUUUAGGAAGGGUCAGCUUAAAAAAAUGUUCUUCUUAUAUCCAGAUCCUCACUUCAAAAAAGCCAAACAUAAAUGGAGGAUUAUUAAUAAGUGGCUACUUUCUGAAUAUGCAUAUGUGUUAGCAGAACAGGGUAUUGUCUACACAAUCACCGAUGUGAAAGAUUUACAUGAAUGGAUGGUCAGUCAUUUUGAAGAGCAUCCAUUAUUUGAGAGGAUAACUGGUGAUGAAUUGGAAAAUGAUGUUAUAGUGGAGAAACUCUUUGAGAGCACUGAAGAAGGACAAAAGGUAACAAGAAAUAAUGGUGAAAAGUUUCUUGCUGUUUUCCGACGAGUUUGUGAUAAAUUUACUAAAAAUGUUAAAUGAAAUAAUACAUUGUUAUCUAUAAAAUG